AUGUAUUCCGCAGCUGUGCUCGCAACUUUCUCCUUCCUUCUCGGCGCCGGCGCUCAACAAGUUGGAACUUCAACCGCCGAAACUCACCCCGCCUUGACAAUUCAAAAAUGUGCCGCUGGUGGAACAUGUACCGAUGAAGCCGAUAGUAUCGUUCUCGAUGCCAACUGGAGAUGGCUCCACUCCACCUCCGGAUCUACCAACUGUUAUACUGGUAACACCUGGGAUGCCACUCUUUGCCCAGAUGCCGCUACCUGUACCGCCAACUGUGCUCUUGAUGGUGCAGAUUACGAGGGAACUUAUGGUAUCACUACAAGUGGUGACUCCUUGAAGCUUAGCUUCGUCACAGGAAGCAACGUUGGUUCUCGUACCUACCUCAUGGACUCUGAGACUACCUACAAAGAAUUUGCUCUUUUGGGUAAUGAGUUCACCUUCACCGUCGAUGUUUCCAAGCUUCCUUGCGGUCUUAACGGUGCUCUUUACUUCGUUCCUAUGGACGCUGACGGAGGAAUGUCCAAAUACUCCACCAACAAAGCAGGUGCCAAGUACGGUACCGGUUAUUGCGAUGCUCAAUGUCCUCAAGAUAUGAAAUUCGUCAACGGUACUGCCAACGUUGAGGGAUGGGUCCCAGAUAGCAACAGUGCUAACUCUGGAACUGGUAAUAUCGGAUCAUGCUGCUCAGAGUUCGAUGUCUGGGAAGCCAACUCCAUGGCCCAAGCUCUUACCCCUCACGUCUGUACUGUCGAUUCUCAAACCGCUUGCACUGGAGAUGACUGUGUCUCAAAUACUGGUGUAUGUGAUGCAGAUGGAUGUGAUUUCAACCCAUACAGAAUGGGUAACACCACCUUCUAUGGAAGUGGAAUGACCAUUGACACCACCAAGCCUUUCUCCGUUGUCACUCAAUUUAUCACUGAUGAUGGAACUGAGACUGGUACUCUUACUGAGAUCAAGCGCUUCUACGUUCAAGGUGAUGUCGUCUAUGAACAACCAAGCUCUGACAUCUCUGGUGUUUCCGGUAACUCUAUCACUGAUGACUUCUGCGCUGCUCAAAAGACUGCUUUCGGUGACACCGAUUACUUCACCAAGAAUGGUGGUAUGGCUGCUAUGGGUAAGAAGAUGGCUGAUGGUAUGGUUCUUGUUCUCUCCAUCUGGGAUGAUUACAAUGUAAACAUGCUCUGGCUCGACUCUGACUACCCAACCGACAAGGAUGCUUCUACUCCAGGUGUUUCUCGUGGAUCUUGCGCCACUUCAUCUGGAGUUCCUGCUACCGUUGAGGCCGCUUCCGGAUCUGCCUAUGUCACUUUCUCUAGCAUCAAGUACGGACCAAUCGGAUCUACCUUCAAGGCCCCAGCCCAUAGCUCCUCUCCAGUUGCUGCCUCAAGCUCCGCUUCCGUUGCCCCAGCCUCAUCUGCUGCACCAGUCGUCGUCGCUUCCUCUGCCGUCGCUGCCGUUGUUUCCACUUCAGCACAAGCCGCUACCUCCGCUGCCGUUGCCUCGUCCGUCGCACCAGUUGUUUCCUCUGCCGCUGUCGUUGCCUCUUCAUCCGCUGCCGCUGCCCCAGUUGCCGCUUCCUCCACCAAGUCCAAGUGCAGCAAGGUUAGCAGCACUCUUAAGACUUCCGUCGCUGCCCCAGCUACUACCGCUACUUCCGCUGUCGUUGCUACUAGCGCCGCUAGCUCUGCCGCCGCUGUCUCUUCAGCUGCUUCAUCCACUGGUUCCGUCCCAUUAUAUGGCAAUUGCACUGGUGGAAAAACUUGCUCUGAGGGUACAUGUGUCGUUCAAAAUGACUACUACUCUCAAUGUGUUGCUUCUUCUUAA